AUGUCACUCACAUGCUGUGAGGAAUUUUACACAGCUGAACAUCUUGUGGAGUGCAACUCCAGCGAAUGGACGCUGAUAAUAAAGAUGGACGGUAAUAAGGUACAAACUUGCUUUCAAAUGUUUAUUUUUCGUCUAUUUAUCUAGCUGUCAAUGAAUGAUAUCCGUUCAAAUAUUCAUUCUCACGUAUCCAUCAUUUAUCUACUACUGUCAAUGAUUGAUGGUCAUUCAAAUAUUCAUUCUUAUGUAUCCAUCCAUUGAUCUACACGUAAUAAGUUGAGUAUCUCUUAUCACUUUAUUUCUUUUGCGAAGAAAAUAAUCUGAGAAAUUGCUUAUCAUUGUGUCCCUAUCUUUCGUCAUAUUUUGGCUCAGAAAUAUACAAUGUUCCUUUCGUCGUUUUCGACCGCUACGUCAGAAGGAUCUCAAUAUAUUCGCGAAGUAUGUUGUUUUAAAACAGCAGAGAAAAGGAUUUUAGAUUCAGAUAAAAAUACACAUGUUACACAUGUUUAUGAUUAUAUCAAAUCGUGAAAUAAUAAACUCAAACAUUCAGUUAAAUUGAUUUCUUGCUUUUUGAUUUAAGUGAUCAGCGAUGAAGGUUGUUCUUUCCAUCAAGAUAUGCGAAAAACUAACCUAUUUGAGGAAAACUGAUUUUAUUUCCCCGUCUUUUUCUUGUUUUAAGUUCUAAAAAAGUCAAAGGAUGUUAGUUAGUUGAUAAAAGACUCACUAAUUUGGAUAUGUUGUGAGCCGUAUUCUGAGUUGAAGUGAUAUUAACUACCGUUCAUUUGUUUUUCCUGGAUGCUAUGGCCCUAGGACACUUUUUCCUAUGAUUCCGUUCUGUGGACCAAUAAGGAUACUUUCAACCUUCCCGGAGGAAAAACUGGGCUCGACACACAAGAAACUAAGCUACCAAAUUACUGGGAGAAACCUUUCUCUAAGAUCUGCCUUGGUAUGAGGAUCGGAAGUCACACCAAUUUUAUAGUCAUUCACAUGGAGGCACCUUCCCUUUAUUCACUAAUCGCUGACGGGCAGUAUCGUGCCAUUUCGCUUGGUCGUGAUAAAUGGAAGUCGUUGAUUGGUGCAGACGCAUCCCUGCAGCUUAACUGCAACAAAGAGGGCUUCAACUCACAGGGCUAUCCCAGUAACUCGAAAGCAAGGAUUGGUAUUAUUGGUAACGAGCAAUCUGAUUGUGGAAGCACUGAUUCCAGAAUCGGUUUUGGUACAGGAGGCAACCCUGGCAAAUCAAUCACGUGUGGCAAUGUGGCUAGUUAUGGACCAGAUAAUGGAAACAGAUAUAUUAAGGCAAUGGGAUAUAUCAUGGUACAGUGA